AUGCCACCGGCGGCCACCAACUCCGGCAUCGUGACGGACGAGACGAGCGGCGAGCGCCACAUCCCAGAAUCUCUGCGUGCGGAUGGAACGACUCGAAAAGCGAUCAAGAUUCGACCCGGCUAUCGCCCCGCGGAGGACGUCGAACUAUACAGACCCCGCAAUGUUGUCGCACAGCGCGAGCGCAGGCGCAUAGGCGUGCCCGGGGCAGAGGCACCCAAGGAUGAGAAGCCGCAAGUCCCAGGUGCUCCCGGUGCCGCCAAAGAACCGAACAGGGCCGCGAGCCUUUCCUGGAGACGAGAUGACGGCAGCAGCGCCUCGGCCGCGCCGCCUUCACCAAGCACAUUAGCCGCGGGCAACAAGAACGCGAAGCGACGGGAGGCGCGUAAAAAGGCCAGGUCUACCGAUUUAGGCGAGGCGGCGCCGUUGAAGGAAGACGGACCUCCGUCAAAACCAGUGCCGUCCAAGGCUGAGGAGGUCGACCCCAAAGUCGAGCACGAGAAGAAGGUCCGCAGCUUGAAGAAGAAGCUGAAACAGGCCAAGGAGCUCAAGACUAGGAAGGAUGAGGGCCAGGGCCUACUGCCAGAGCAGAUCGCCAAGGUGAUCAAGAUUAACGAGCUGAUACGAGAGCUGAAUGCUUUGGGAAUCGAUGACGAGGGCGAGACGAAGAAGGACAUUGGGUCGGUCUCCGAUAAGGCCGCUACUUAA